AUGGAGACAACCGCAGACACCACUGCGAUUCUAUCAGAGUCGACGAACACCGUCGUUGUUGAGUGCGCCAAAGGCUUCGAGUUUGUGCCCUCGGAUACAGGCAAGGUUUGCACUGAAACCGAAGCUCAUUCUCUAGAAGAUUGUGAACCGCAAAAAAGAAACCCUGCGGCAGUCUCCCUCAUUUCCGACUUCGUGACAGCGACGCCAACCCCGCCGGUUACCCUUGGGUGGACAAGGAACAAUGAAAAACAUUCGUUAACUAUUCCAGAAGCAAACUUCCCUCUAGUAGACAGGAAAUUCUUCGUUGGCUGCAGACCAAGCGAAAAAGAUGAGUCCUGCGUCGUCAAGAUCAGCAUGAGCGCACGAAAGACUUUGCUAAAAGAAAACGUGCUGACCUGUUCGUACGGCGCAGAAAGCAACCAGCCCGUCCCGAAAACCACUCUCGACUCCACCAACAACUCCCUAACGGUCGUCUGCGGCACAUAUGGAACCAUGCCACUGACCGCUGGAGUUCCCACCAUCUACUUGUGCAAAGACCCAGAGACCGACGUGUGCACGACGGUCGAGGACGUCACUGAAGUGUUUCCAGGCUUCAGCAAGGCGUGGUGGACAAAGCAGGAUGGCCAGGAGAAUGCAGCCAAGCUGACGAUUCCGAAGGACGGAUUUCCUGUUGAGCCGAAGACUAUUAUGUUUGGGUGCAGCCUUCAGGUCCAACCCCCCCCUCAGAAAGAUGCGCCGAAAGAGGACGGGCUGGAUGCAACUGUCCUUCCUACAUGCAAGGUGAAGGUGACUGUCGCUGCCAGCGCGAGCAGUUUUUCGAGUACGGGUUUUUCAGUGGGUGUGUUUCUGUCGUCGGUUGCUCCCCUUGUUGUUGCAUCUCGUCCAGCAUCCGCGACAGUCUUGGGCAUGCGAAAGCCGGUGGCGAGAGACCCACCAGCGGGCCGAGACACCUCAGGGAUUCAAGACCUGGACCACGGAUCGUGCGAGAAGCGCAGAUCAGGACUAUUGCUUGGUGAGCGCCGGCCUGAGGGCACGCAAGUCGGUGGCCAUGAACAAGGUCACCACGCGGCGUACGGCGUGCACAACUCACAGGUUCCAGACGUGACAGUUGACUCCACGAACAACUCGGCCCCUCUCCUCUGUGGCAGCGGCGGAACGGUGCCGCUAACUGACGGGAUUCCCACUGUUUACUACUGCAAGGAUCCAUCCACCGAGGCCUGCGACAAAAUCGGUGACAUUACAGAAAUCCUUCCGGGCUUCUCCAGAAAGUGGUGGCCAACAGCUGAGAACAGGGAGAGCGCCAAAUUCACUACCCCCGCGGGGGGUUUUCCACGGGAGUCGAAAACAAUUUUGUCUUCCUCAUGCCUCGCUCCCGCUACUCCGAAAGAGCUCGUCUCGGGUCUCCGUUUUCAUCUGUUGGCGUUGUGGGUGAAGGGGCUCCGAUACUGA